UACGUAAUAAAUACUCUUUGUGUUUCUUAAGUACAAACCUUUAAUGUUUUCUUUAUAAAAUACAACUACACAAAUCACGAUGGCUGAUAGAUUUGAAGCUUUAGAAGAACAGUUAGAACGAUUCAUUGAGAAUGCAAGGCAGCUAGGCAUUAUUGUCAGCGAUUUCCAGCCACAGGGCCAAAAUGCUUUAAAUUCAAAAUUACAGACGAUGGUUCAAGGAAUGCAGGAAAUUGACAAAUUAAAGACUCACAUGCAAGACAUUCAUGUUCCAUUGGACGUGUUUGAGUACAUAGAUCAAGGCAAAAACCCAAAUUUAUACACUAAACAUUGUUUGGAGAAAGCUCUGGGCAAAAAUGAACAGAUAAAAGGGAAAAUAGAUGCUUUUAAGAGGUUUAAAGCCAUGCUGAUACUGGAACUGACCGAUGUGUUCCCAAAGGAGAUGGCAAACUACAGAGCUUUGAGAGGCGAUGACAGACCAACGUGAGGGACUGUACAUGUGUGUGAAUCUAUGACUAUGUACUCUGUGGACAUGUAUCAGCGGAUAGUUCCUCACAGACAGGCUGUUUGUUCAGGGUGGAAUUGUGUUGGCUAUGCUGGUGUAAUUUUUGUAGUGUGGAGAAACAUGUGCUGCAUGUAUGCAUAUUGCCUACACGAGAACUUAAACAUGUGAAUUUAUUUCUUUAUGUCCCCCCCCCCCCC